AUGCUGCAACGUGGGGUGGUGCGCGCCGCGCGCGGCUUGCGUUCUUCUCCAGCGUGCGCUUCAGCUGCUAAAUACUUCAGUAACAGCACGCGCUUCAGCUCAAGUCGCUCGCGGUCUGUAGCUUCCGUUUUCGCUUCUCCGCUUCUCCCGAGAGCUGGUCUCUUAGCCGCUGCUGCUGUCAGCACCAGCGCCGCGUGCGCUUUCUGCUCUGCUUCUGUCGUAGAGACUAACGCCGUGCCAAAAGACGGUGGCAAUGCGCUACCCAACGUUGUUCUGUACCAAUACGAACCGUGUCCGUAUUGCUGCAAGGUGAAGGCUGUGCUGGACUACCUCAAGAUCCCGUACGAGGUGGUGGGGGUGAACCCGCUCACCAAGAAGGAAACCAAGGCUUUCACGGAUUACCGCAAGGUACCGGUAGUCCGUAUCGAUGAUGAAGUGGUUGUAGACUCCUCUGCUAUCAUUUCACGACUACGGGAGCUCGUAGAGGCGCCCAAAGGCUCUCAGAGCGAAAAAGCUCUAGAGGAGGAGGAAGAGUGGCGUCAAUGGGUCGACAAGAAGCUCAUCCUCUUAACUCCGCCCAACAUCUACCGCACUGUACCGGAGGCUCUCCAAGCUUUUGAUUAUUGCUUGACAGAAGGGAAAUUUACGCCCAUGGAGCGCCGUAUGUCCAAGUACGCGGGUGCUGUGAUCAUGUAUCUCAUUGCAAAGCGGUCCAAGAAGAAGUACAACAUCGAUGACGAACGCCAAGAGCUCUACUCGGCGUUGAACAGCUGGGUGGACGCUAUUGGCGACAAACGUCCGUUCCUCGGUGGUGACGAGCCCAACAUGGCUGAUUUGUCGGUCUUUGGCGUUCUGCGUGCCAUGAAGGGACUCGACACGUACAGUGACAUGAUGCGUGAGACCAACAUCGAGCCCUGGUUCACGCGCAUGACGUCCAAGGUCGGAUCCAGCUCGCGUACAGCUAGCGAUUAG